GCCGCCAACAUCUUCUCGUCCCUCAAACUGGUGUACAUAUUCUCCGUGAACCCCCAUUUAGGGCCCCUACAGAUCAGUUUGGGCCGUAUGGUCAUCGAUAUACUCAAGUUCUUCAGCGUCUAUACAUUAGUGCUGUUUUCGUUCGCCUGCGGAAUGAAUCAAUUGCUUUGGUAUUACGCCGACAUGGAGAAGCAGGUGUGCGUAUUGCAACAGACGCUCAAACCGAGCUCUAAGAACUACACGGAUAUCGCGGCCUCGCAUCCCGACGCCUGUUUCAUGUGGAGACGGUUUGCCAAUUUGUUUGAAUCGACGCAAACCCUGUUUUGGGCGAGUUUUGGACUCAUAGAUCUCGAGAACUUCGAGCUCACAGGU